AUGUCAGCUACUGACCAAAUUCGUGCCCUUCUGGAUGAAUAUAUGGGAACAACCCGAAAUGGACAAGAACCAAGGAUAGAGUUUGAUAAUCCUCGCGUCUGUAAAAGUUAUCUACUGGAUUGUUGUCCAAAUGAAAUAUUAUCGGGAACGCGAAUGGACUUGGGAAACUGCCUUUUCAUACAUGAUCCUGCUCAUAAGGCAGAUUAUCGCAAAGAACCAGACACGAAAAAAUUCCAAUAUGAGCUCGAUGCACUAGAGCAUUUAGAGGCAUUCAUUCGGGACUGCGACCAACGAACAGAUGUUGCAAAGGCAAAGCUGCGGGAGACCCAGGAAGAAUUAACAGAUGAAGCUUCACAAAAGGCUGAACAUAUAAAUCAACUAAGCGAGCAAAUAGGAACAAAGUUAGCUAAGGCUGAACAACUUGGCGCAGAUGGCCAUGUUGAGGAAUCUUUGAAACUUAUGAAGGAGGUUGAAGAAUUGAACUUGGAAAAAGCUAAAAGCGAAGCAGAUUUGCGGACUGCAAUACCAACAAGCACUUACCAGCAACAGAAGCUUCGGGUCUGUGAGGUUUGUUCUGCCUAUCUUGGUGUGCACGACAAUGAUCGUCGACUCGCAGACCAUUUUGGAGGAAAAUUGCAUCUGGGUUUCAUUGAGAUUCGGCAAAAAUUAGCUGAGUUGAGGCAGUAUGUGAACGAAAAUCAUAUUGUUCGUAGGCGCAGGUUUGAAGGGUACAACCGAUCCAUUUUUAUCACAGUGGAGGAGAGACGUGAGAAAGAGCGUAUUCGCGAACGCGAACGUGAGCUGGAAAAAAGUGAACGUCGACAGAAAUCCCGAAGUCGUAGUCGUUCACGGAGUCAUUCUCAUAGUCGGAGGCAUAGUCGUCACCGUAA